UGCACCGGAAGUAUGCCAGGUUGCGGGCGGGAGGCUCGCCGGCGGCGAUGUAGGUUCCUUCACAGACCUGAGCGAUGCGUUGGCUGCUCCCGCUGUCCCACACAGUAACUCUGUCCGUCGUACGCGUGAGGCGAGGCAUUUGCGGGCUCGGGAUGUUCUAUGCGGUGAGGAGGGGCCGCAGGACCGGCGUCUUCCUGAGUUGGAGUGAGUGCAAAGAACAGGUGGACCGAUUUCCUGCUGCCAGGUUUAAGAAAUUUGCUACAGAAGAUGAAGCUUGGGCCUUUGUCAGGAACUCUCCAAGCCCAGAUGGUUCAAAAGGGCAGGAAACCACUCGUGUGCAGGAAUCACAGGUGAAGAUCAGCAAGCGGCCUCGGGAGCCUGUGGGUGAAGAGGAAGAGCUACCAGAGCCAGGGUCAAAGCACACCAGACAGAACACAGAGCCGGCUCCCCCAGUGAGCAAGGACAAGUUUUCUUAUAUGGGAGAAUCAGUUGUUGUCUACACGGAUGGCUGCUGCUCCAGUAACGGGCGCAGGCGGGCGAGAGCAGGAAUUGGCGUUUACUGGGGGCCAGGCCAUCCCUUAAAUGUAGGUUUUAGACUUCCUGGGCGACAGACAAACCAGAGGGCGGAGAUCCAUGCAGCCUGCAAAGCCAUCAUGCAAGCCAAGGCUCAGAACAUCAGCAAGCUGGUUCUUUACACAGACAGCAUGUUCACCAUCAAUGGGAUAACCAGCUGGGUUCAGGGCUGGAAGAAGAAUGGCUGGAGAACGAGUACAGGGAAAGACGUGAUCAACAAGGAGGACUUCAUGGAGCUGGACGAGCUCACUCGGGAUGCACAUUCCUGGUCACUCUGGAUUUGUGGGCAACGAAGAGGCUGACAGGCUGGCAAGGGAAGGCGCGAAGCAGUCUGCAGACUGAGCAAAGCAGUUGCUGUACACUCAGACCCAAGGCAGUGGCUGUUCCUUUACCCAGAUGUGCAGUGAGGCCACAGCACGGAGGACUCGACUGGGACCUGUGAUACAGCUUGAUGAGAAGUGCUUAAAUAAUGGAAAGGGAAAAUUGAACACUUCUGUGAAAUUUCAGUUUUUGUGCCUUUUGGGUCUGAUUUUCUUGCUUGAUUUGUUACAUUCUGGCCCAAAAUGCUCCAGUAAGCCGGGCGGUGGUGGGGCACAAAAACAAAACAAAACAAAAACAAAAUGCUCCAAAUUGGUUUCAGUAGGAACUGUUCAGUAUGCAUGGUCUGAAGGUUCCAGAAUGUCCAUUUUCCUUUCAGUAUGCACAAGUACAAACCUCCUGCCCCUGCUGGCAUCCUGUGCCCCUGUGUACAUCAGAGAUGAUAUGGCCACGUGGGACCCAAGGCUGGGCUUGCUGCAGGCAGAGCCUGCAUCCAUAUGACCUUGGCUCCGGAGCCACCUUGUAGGAACAGCUGAGAAAUUUAAAAAUCAAGAUUCAUGAAUAUAUUGCUAAUAGAUUUCUUUGGCUAUUUUUAUUAUUUAUUUUUGUAAUAAAAAUAUACAGGAAUGACAAAAUACAUUUAGUUCAUUCAGUUACUGUUAAAGGUGAGUGUCCCUUACUAUCUAAGACUAGAAAUUGAGAAAAUCACUCUAGAGAAAUGGGCUGGUUAAAUUGUUCUCAGGCAAACAAACCCUCACAUCCCUUAAGCAAUGGAACAUUGUGCAGCCUUACUCUAGAGAAUAUAAGAAUGACGGGGUCACUAAAACAGAGUUGUCACUGGAGCUGACUCUUGAGUUUCUUAACACUGUGAGAAGCUGGGCCAUCUGGAGUCACCCCUGAGAACCAGUGCCAGCUGAAGUUCACAUGCUCUCCUGCUUGCUCUGCAGGUUGUUGCUGUGACAACUGCGCAUGUGAAGACAGUAUGUUUUGGAUGUCACUGCAGGCCUCUGAAAGCACAAGUGUGUCUUGGGAAGGGCGGGGUGGUUGGCCUGAGUGAAGUCAGGAUGAUUGGUACCCACCUCUGCUGGCUUGGUGAGUGAUCUGUGUAGGAAGGCCAGCUCAGAGUCCUGCAUGAGGCUGGGAGAGGAUAAUAGUUUACACUUGAUAAGACCUGACCUGAGCUCAGGACCCCAGCACUAGCACCGUCACUAGGUGGGCAUGGCCAAAGAACACUCGGACCCCCAGUACUGUGAUGGGUGAAGACUGCAGGACAUCCAGACUGGUGAAAGUCUGAGGUCCAGGUCCAGUGGUGAGAGAGUCUCAAGGGAACUGGGCAGAGAGUGACAGAGCAGGACACCCAGUGUCAUGUGUCUUCUGCCACACCUGUGCACAUGUGUGGCAGAGUCCUACAUUAGAACCAGGUGUGGUGGCACACACCUGUAAUUUCAGGGUUUGAGAAGCAGAGGCAGGAGGGUCAGGAGUUCAAGGUCGGCUUAGCUGUGUAGCAAGUUUGAGGCUAGCUUGAAACAGAAUCUCUUAACAUUGUUUUUUGUGUGUUUGUUUACUGAGGACUGAAUAUAGAGUCUCUGACACAGUGGGCAAGCUCUGCUACUAAACUAAAUCUCAGCUCACUGUGUGUAGGCUGGAGAGUAUGCCAACUGUCCUUAUUCUCCACCUCUAAAAUUUUUUUGUUAGCAUAUAUUAUUUGUAAUAGGUUUUAUUAAGUUUUCAUAUACCAGCAUGAUGUAUUUUGACCACUUUAGCCACCCAUAACCUCGUCUGGUCUGGUCCCUUUUCUGAACCAGUCCCUCCCCCUUCCACUGACUGACAACCUUUGAAUGGUGUUUUACAGUGAGCAAAGGCCUCAAUGUUGGCUUGAUAUGAAGACUGGCUAGAGGACAGAAUCCAGCUGUCCUGAUGUGUUUUACAGAAACCCUAGGAUAAUACACCACUAAGGAUAGCCCAUGAGAAGUCCUAUGAUGCUGUUGCAAAUUUGACUGUAUUUCAAGCGUGUGAGAUUCAUAAUAAAAUUGCUUUUGGAAAUAGA